AUGGCUAUUCUAAAUCCUCCAUGGAUUAACAUAGACAUCUUUAUUGAUAAAACAUAGUCUAUAUGUUACGAAAUUUCAAAUUGGCAUCUCUUCUAUAAGCUAAUGCAGAUUUCAACUAUAACUUUUAGUUUGACCCUGAAUUUAGUAUCAGAUUUGAACAAUUUCUCAUCUAUGGUUUUUCUAUUACUGGGAAUAAUAUUAACUUUUAAUUACAUCAAAUAAAUAUCUAGACACUUAAGUAGAAAAAACAUAACUAAUUUUGAUAGACAAGAAUUAAAGCAAUACUACCAACUUUCUUUCAGAAAUAGAGAAGGAGAUGUGAUUGAAAAUUAACUUUGCUACUCAUGGAUGUAAGAAACUAAGUUGCUGUCAAACAAUCUGAAUUAGUCACAAUUAAUAGGAUCUCAAAUUGAAUAUUUGUUUCAUACCUUCUUUAAGCCAGGUACUCUUGAAGAGAAUUAAAACAUGUUUAAAAGUAACCAAUCUCUCUUUUUAUGUAUGGAAAAUAAAAUGAAACUUUAGUAUUUUAGCGCGGAUCGCCUCUUUGCUUUUGCACUAUUUUGCAUCUAUAAGUUUAUUCGAUUCUCUAAUGAAACGAGCUUAAGUUAGCUCCCAGAUAUCAAUAAACCAGAUUAGGUUAAUGCCUACUUUGAAAAAUUUUAAGUGUUCUAAAAUAAAAUAUUUGGAAACCAAAAUAUUAAAGAAAUUACGCUGCAAAGCCAAAUAGAUUUCUCAAAAAGUAUCUUCAUCUAUAAGUUUUUUGAAAGAAUUCUUGAAUUACCAUUAGUUAAAAUAGUUAUUUUCUUUGACCAUCAAAAGUAUUUGUAUAACCAUAGCAUAAACAGAUAUAGAGAUUUUCUGCAGUAAUUUGUAACUUAAAUUGUUUUCAAAAGGAUUGAUAGCGAAUUUAAUUUCAAUUAUAAAAUAUUACUCUACGACUUCUAUGAAGAUUAUUUUUUAUAAAGCAAAUUAAAUAACUAAGUAAAACAAAGUAGAAUUUGA